AUGAAAGAGUGGUUAAUAUCGUCGUAUUUUGUGCUCUUUUCCCUCUUCUUUGCUUAUAAUGCUUAUGCUUCAACGCUGCUGUCCUGCCCUCAUGACCAAAGCGUUGCCUUAAUCCAAUUCAGCAACUCCUUUUCCAUUGAUUGCUUGCAAAGUUGGGAAUGCCAAGUGUCUCAGGCUAAAACAAUGUGGUGGAAGAAAGGCACGAAUUGUUGUUUAUGGGAUGGGAUUAAGUGUGGUACUGAAACUGGGAAUGUGAUUGGCCUCGAUCUCAGUUGCAGCUGCCUUGCUGGCCCUAUCUCCUCCAACAGCACCCUCUUCCUCCUCCGCCAUCUCCAAGAGCUUAACCUUGCUGGAAAUAAUUUCAACAUGUUCCCAAUAGCACCUCAGUUUGGCCAAUUGACUAGUUUGACCCAUCUCAACAUCUCUACCUCAUCAUUUUCAGGUAAAAUCCCACAUGAAAUCUCACACCUUUCUAAACUAUCAUCCCUUGAUCUAUCUGAUAAUUAUCAUUUGAUGUUUGAGGGUCAUGUGUUUGAAAAUGUGGUGGGAAACUUGACACAACUAAGACACCUUCUUCUUUCGGGUGCCAAUAUGUCUUUAGUUGAACCUGCUUCUUUCCUUAACGUGUCUUCUUACAUCACAACUCUUACCCUUGGGGCUACUAAACUACAAGGGAAGUUCCCUGAAGAUGUUUUCCACUUUCCACGCCUACAGGAGUUCAGUGUUUCGGGUAGUUAUCUUGAAGUCAAGUUCCCAAAGACUAAUUGGAGUGGCCCCCUCAAGUCACUGCAAGUAUCGUUUUCAUAUUUGCAGGAACUGCCUAAUUCAAUUGGUAAUCUUAGAUCUCUGGAGAUAUUGGAUCUUCGUAAUAGCAAUUUAAGAGGGACAAUUCCAACAACUCUUGCCAACCUCACACAUCUCCGAUAUUUGGAUCUUUCCUAUAAUAAUUUGGUGGGACAGAUUUCAGAUUCUUUUGGAAACCUCACCAACCUAAUUCAUUUGUCUUUGAGAGAUAACAAGCUUAGUGGUCUUUUGCCAGUUUCAGCCUUCAACCUUCCACAAGUUCAAGUUCUAGAAUUUUCAAAUAACAGUUUGGUUGGUUCCCUUCCUUCUAAAGUUUGUGGGCUUUCACGACUUCCUAAACUAUACCUCGAUCACAACUUUCUCAGUGGCAGGGUACCCUCCUGGUUAUUUUCUCUUCCAUCUUUAAAAGUGUUGUCGCUCCAUAAUAACAGGCUUACUGGUCCUAUUGAUGAAUUUGACAAGGUUGCUCCCUUGGAGGUUGUUGAUUUGUUCAGUAAUGAGAUACAGGGUCCCAUUCCUUAUUCUUUUUCCCAGCUUGUGAACCUUAUUGAUAUUGACCUUUCCUUUAAUGAUUUGAGUGGUAGUUUUGAAAUGGACAAACUCUCCAACCUCAGCAAACUUGUGUCAAUGGAUCUCUCGAACAAUACUUUGCUAUCAUUGAGCAGUGCAAGCAGCAACACCACUUACUCUUUGCCUAAUCUUUCGACACUACUACUCUCUUCUUGCAACAUAAGAGAAUUUCCAAAUUUUGUAAGAAAUCUAGAAGGUUUGACCUCUCUGGACCUUUCUUAUAAUAAAGUCCGUGUCAUCGAGGCUGAUAUGUUUUUAAAGCUUAAGAAUCUUUUGUAUCUGGAUCUUUCACACAACAAUCCACUAUUUGUGAGCAACAAUAGUCAGGUUAGCCUUGUCUUGCCUAAUCUUAACUCCUUGUCGUUGUCUUCUUGUAAUAUAACUAAAUUCUCAAAUUUCUUGACAACGCAAGAGAGUUUGAGAGAAUUAGAUCUUUCAAACAACAGCAUUCAAGGCCAGAUUACCAAAGAAGAAAUAAAUUGGAGAAGCAAGCUACAAUUUGUUGAUCUUUCUGACAACUUGUUGACAGUUGUAGAAUAUUCUUCAUGGCAGAAUCUACAAGUUCUAAAUCUCGGCUCCAACCUAUUAGAAGGGCCACUUCCACCACCACCUCCUUCCACAUCCGUUCUCUUAAUCUCAAAGAACAAAUUGAUUGGAGAAAUUCCUCCUUCCAUAUGCAAUUUGUCCCAUUCAGAUAUAGUUCUCGACUUGUCCCAUAACAACCUGAGUGGAGCAAUUCCAAGAUGUCUGGGCUUGAGAAAUAUUUAUGUUCUAGAUUUGCAGAUGAAUCAUUUACAUGGAACCAUCCCUGAUUUUUGUGUUAAAGGAAGCCACGAGUUGCACACACUUAACCUCAACAACAAUGAUUUUGAUGGGCCACUACCUAUGUCUUUGGCAAAUUGCCAUAAUUUGGAAGUGUUGAAUCUGGGAAAUAACAAGAUAAAUGACACAUUUCCCCACUGGUUGGGAACUCUUCCUCGGCUACAAGUUCUUGUCUUGCGAGCCAACUAUUUCUAUGGUCAAAUAAUCGAUUUGAGAAUUGGAUCUCCCUUCUUGACCCUACGAAUCCUGGACCUCUCCCAUAACAAGUUAUCUGGUUAUCUGCCAACAACAUACUUUAGAACUUUCCAAGGUAUGAUGAGUUUGGGCGAUAAUCAAAUGAGAUAUAUGGACGAUGGUAGUUAUUACUAUCAAGAUUCCUUGGUUGUCACAAUGAAAGGUGGGGACUUUGAGCUUGAGAGAAUUUUAACUAUUUUUGCAGCACUUGAUAUGUCAAGCAAUAGGUUUGAAGGGAUCAUUCCAGAGGAAGUUGGAAAUCUUAUUUCACUCCAAGUGCUCAACUUUUCCCAUAACCACUUAACCGGUCAUAUUCCUUCCUCAUUAGGGAAUGUAGCAGCACUUGAGUCGCUAGAUCUCUCUUGCAACAGGCUCGUUGGGGAAAUUCCUUCUCAGUUGGCUGGUUUGAAUUUUCUUGAAGUGUUAAACUUGGCGGAGAAUCAUCUAGUUGGGCUCAUACCUCAGGGAAAACAAUUCAAUACCUUUCUCAACGAUUCCUACAUUGGCAAUACGGGGUUGUGUGGGUUUCCGGUUUCAAAAGGUUGUGGCCAAAAUGAACCACCAGCACCAGUAGUUUAUGAACAUGACAAUGACUCUGCAUUCGGAUUGGAUUGGAAAUUCGUGGUGAUGGGUUAUAGCUGUGGAUUGGUGUUUGGAUUUUCUGCGGGAUAUAUCAUGAUGACAAUAAGGAAACCAAAAUGGCUUGUUGGGAUGAUUCAACGAGCAGGCAACAAACUUGUUAGGAGAUUCAAGAAAUAUCGUUGA